GUGAAAGCAUUCUGAAUCAGGAAGUGCUGGGAGUUAACAUGGCUUCGAAGAGAAAGGCCGAGAGUUGGAUCGAGGAGGUUAUUUGUCCCAUCUGCCUGGAUUUCUUCACCGAUCCAGUUUUACUGGAGUGCGGGCACAACUUCUGUCGCUCUUGUAUCACACAAUGUUGGGCAGGGAAGCAGAGAAACUCCUGCCCGGAAUGUAGAAAUGUGUUUGCCGACCGCAUCCUCAGGGUCAAUCAGGCCUUAGCAAACCUGGCUGAUAAAGCUCGGAAUAUAAACCUGUAUCGUAAACGUCACUGCGAGGAACAUGAGGAAGAACUGAAGCUCUUUUGUGAAACGGACAAGACACUGAUUUGUCUGAUCUGUAGAGAUGCGCAGGAACACAGAGAACACCGCUUCAUGCCGAUUAAAGAAGCUGUUAAAAUCUACAAGGAUCAGCUAAAGACUUCCUUAGACUGCCUCACAAAAAAGAAAUCAGACUUCCAGAAAAAGGAGCAGCAACAGAAAGAGAAGAUUUCCAGAGUUCUGGAACAGUCACACAGCCUUCAGUCUGACAUCACAUCCCAGUUUGCUGGACUGCGCGAGAUUAUCACUGAGAAAGAGCAGAGCUUACUCAGGGAUCUCAGGGAGGAGGAGGCGAGGAUUCUAAAAACAAUGGAGAAAAAUCUUCGAGAGAUUCAGGAGAAUAAAAGGAUUAUUCAGAAGGAAAUCUCAAAGUUAAAGGAAUAUUUGGAUCAAAAAGACAGUGUGAUACUUCUCAAAGAGGAAGCUCGUUGGAACCGGAGGGUUAAUGUCCAGGAGUUGACAAUGACAGAUGAGGCCCUACCAUUUGAAAAAUUCGAUCACCCCUAUUUGUUGAACACAGUGCUGAGAGAAACACUUGCUGCCAUUAAUCAAGCCCCAGUCUCUGUCGCCCUGAACGUGGAAACGACGAAACCGUGUCUCAAGAAGUCUGAGGAUCGGAACAGUGUGAGAUUGACAGUGACCCGGAACAAUCUCCCUGACACCGGGAAGAUUUUCACAAACUGGGAAUGUGUGGUGGGAUCGAAAGGAUUCACAUCGGGGAGACAUUACUGGGAGGUGGAGGUGGCGGGGAAUCGGGGCUGGUGUCUGGGAGUCACUGCAGAGUCUGUGGAGAGGAAGGGAGGGGUCAGACUGAGCCCGGAGACUGGAUUCUGGGUCAUCGGGCAGGAUGAUGACGUAUUACAUCGGAAUUGUGACGAGUUUGGUGUUCUCCACUCCCCUGAGUCCCAUCUCCCUGUUGGUCCCAUCCCCGGGAGGGUGGGAGUUUACCUCAGUUACGAGUUCGGGACAGUUUCAUUUUACAAUGCGGAGACCAAGUCCCAUCUCCACACCUUCACUGGGAAUAAAUUCACGGGGAAACUUUAUCCUUUCUUUGCACCUUGGGAUGAAAACCAGUGGCCGAGAAUAUGCUCCAGUUCCCCUCCAGGUCUGUAAGCGGAGUGGGUUCCGGCACCGGCAUCAGGGGUAAUGUCCCUGGAAAUAUAAAUCUGCGGAGAGUGAAAUAAACUCGAGAUGAGAAUUAUUGAUCCAUUAAUUUUAAGAGCAAACACGAGGAAAUCUGCAGAUGCUGGAAAUUCAAACAACACACACAAAAUGCUGGUGGAACACAGCAGGCCAGGUAACAUCUAUAAGGAGAAGCUCUGUCAAAGUUUCGGGCCGAGACCCUUCCUCAGGUCGUUAGUCCUUCUCACCAUAUCCUCUGAUGAUCUGAUCGAUCAGGAAAUGAUCAACUUCCACCUUAAAUAUACACAGAGACUUGGCUUCCACCGCAGUCUGUGGCAGAGUAUUCCGCAGGUUCACUACUCUCUGGUGUGAUGGAAUCUUAAGUUUUAUUUCUUAUGGGGUAACCCCUUUAGAACCAUGCCUGUGAGAGAGAGAGAGCUGGCUACAGCGCAAGCAGCUGUCUGCUGCUAUUAAUUGCUUGUGUUGCUAUAGAGAGAGAGAGAUGAGAGGAGCUACAUGAUGGACAGUUGGUGUUCAGCACACCGGUAUUUAAACAAGCAUAACUGCUCUCUCGCGGGACACGCAAACGCACAAAGGCUGGUGGCAAAAUUGCCACUGGAUGGACUUUCCAGUACCCACAAGGGUGGGGCUGAGGAUCGAUUAAGAGGAAUCGGUCCAUGAUUAUUAGUGCAUGUAAGGGCGACCCUGUGGAAUCUACCGGUACAUCUAACCCUUGCCUGGGUUGGUAGAUUAUCACUUGAAGAUGGUGCUCUUAAGUUCGUCAGGUUUGGCUAACUUGGAAGAUACAGAGGAUAUCGAAGAAGACCGACUGUACCUGUUUACUCGGAUUACAGGUCUCCCUCUCUCCCCCUCUCUCCCCCUCUCUCCCUCUCUCCCUCCCUCCCUCCCGAAUCCCGUGAGCUGAACUGAAUUUACCACAAUAUCAUAAGGCUGUAUCACUUACAAUCUAAGCUUCCAGAGGUUGGUGAAUUAUAUAUUUACACCUAUAUAUGCAUAACACUGCUAACGCUUGGAUUAUCUGGUUUAAGUUACUGUAUUUAGUAGUUACCAAUAAAAUAUAGUGAUUGUUACU